CUGAGGCGGAAACUAAAAUGGCGCUGGGAACCUCACCUUAGUUGAUGAACGUAGAUUCGUUCAUUUAGAACGUUUUCUUCAGAGAUCAGUGCACAGGUAUUAAGCAAUUGUUUUCGCGUGACUGUACGGCUGUCUAGACUGAUUAUCUCGUCUCUAUCACGAACAUUGUACAUUGCCAUGUUUGUUUCAGGAGAAACCUUAAAAGGAACACGAACUCUCUGAUGGUCUGACUACCGCCUUCCAGGGAUGAGUAGAUUUUUAUUUGGAGUCACCUAAACGACCCUGAAGCUGCCAAAUAAUUCAGAUAAGCGACGAAAAGUCUUUAACGAAGAGUAGGUAAGCUGAACGAGAAUUUUGAUGUCUUAGUACAUUUUAUGUUCUGAUGAUAGGAUGGUAUAGUUCCUCCUAAGUCAGGAGAUUGAACAAAAAGGCUGUUAAAAGCGAUCUUAAAAGACUUCUUCCCAGUAUAUUGAUCAGUUGUUAGCCUCUAAACAGCUGCUGUUAGCGAGUGUCCGAGUACAUGAAGCCAUGUUGUUUCUUGUUUUCCAGCCUGAAAUCGAUCGAUUCAUGUUUAGGAUAAGUUCGUUUCUUUGUCAUCACUGGCCUCUUUUCUUGGUCUUUCUUGAGGCUGCACAACUUUUAGUAUUUACUAUUUAUUCGUUUUAAGAAGACAUGUUGAUGACAAUGUUCAGAAUGUUUAGAUUUAUUUCUAUAUUUACACCAUCACUCUCCUUUGUAAAUGCAAAUGACCACGUUCCCGCAUCGAUAUCCAGACACGCUUUAGUUGUAUUUCUUGUGGUUCCUAACUAGACCAUAUUUCGUUGAGGAUUAAUAAAAAUUGAAAUGUUUGUUAAUUUAAUUGUUUCUCCUUAAAGAGAAUCUUGGGGUGAGCCGAAUCUUGAGAAGAACUGAGCAUGAGGGAAAUGAAAUCGGAAUUGAUAAUGCAAUCUCAGUGUAUCAUCGAUUCUUGACAACAUAUAUUAUUCUUCGGGUGUUACUAAACAGAGUAACGCAGUAACGAGUAACGCGAAAACGAGUAACGGGAUAAAAAUUCAAAAGGUUAAAAAAAUAAUAAUAAUAAUAAGUAAGUCCUAAUGAAAGAAAAAACAUAAAAAUGGUUGUAAUAUCCUAGUAAUAACCUUUACCGAAAAACAUGUGUAUUCCAAAAAGUGCUUAAAACAACGACGUCAACAAUCCUACCUCAUCCCUCCCUCCAGCAAAGUCGAAGGUAUUUUCGCACCGAAAAAAUCACCUGGCUACGGCUGUUAUUUGCAAUUGAAAAUGCCUAAACAGCAGAUAGAGUAACACCUUAAAAGGUUUUAUUACAGAUGACUAAUUACAUCCUUAGCCCUUAUAAAAUAUAAAAAAAGAAUGCAAUAUGCUUUAAAUUAUUCUGGUACAAGGUUUUUGUCCACUGAAAAUUAGAUCACUCAAUUUCCUGAUGGAUUCCGUCCUAAUUCCUACAGCCCAGGAUCAGGAAGACUAUUUUAAAAGUGCCGAGUUUCUGAACAAUUGUCACAAAUUAUUGAAUAUUUGCAACUGAACAAAACUGCAUAUACUGGUUUUGAGUCCCUGUCCAUGAGUAGGAUCGAGUAGUACCCGGGUAGCAGCAUUAGUACCAACAUCGACAUCUGCAUCAAUAACACGGAUUUCCCUGUGGUUGGUUUGAUCCCGCUGAGUACGUUGUGCUUAUGGAGAUCAUGAAAAAAAGAAACAGAAAGUUUGUUUUGUGACGCAUUCUUUUUUAGACAAGUAUGGGAUUACCCUGUUGUUAUCUUAGCUUAGGCGUUUCAUAUAACACAGCAAUAUUUUUUUAAGGUUUGCCGCAAGCGUGAUCAGAAGAGGAAAAGUCCCUCACAGUUCAGCGCUGACAGUGGCGUAGCUGCUUUUAAACCAUUAAGCCCGGGCUUAACAAAUUAAAAUUUGGGUCAAAAUGAGUUCAUGUAAUUGCAUGUUAUCAGGGAGUGAAAUUGCAACUAAUACAGGUACCACUGUCUGUGACGAUCAUGCAAAAUGACAAAUAUUUCACUAGGAAACUCUGUCGAUGGCGAACGAAGUCUUAGUUCUCCAAGUAGAUAUCUAGGGGUCCUCUUUGCUUACUUUUGAUUACCUGCUAGAAUCAUUUGGGUUCAAAACUUGUAAAUCUCAAAUUUGGACGAUCUCAACUCUAAAAUAACAUCUAGAAAAACCGGCCGGUUUCUCCUUGUUUGUUCUGUUUCUUCUUGUUUUGUUUCGUUUAUAUUUUUCCUUCUGAAGAUGCAGGACGUAUUUGACUUAAUGGAAUAGGCUACCACUUUGAAGUAUUAAGUAGCCAAGUGGAUCCUACGAAAAAAGAGUUAAUUUCAUGCUCUGGCAGUAACUAUGUUUCGGUUAUUCUGCAUAUAUUGAUUGAUGUUAAACGCAACUUCGAGCAAACCAAUCCAUUUGAAUGUUUCUUUACUUUACCUUAAUUGAAAAUCGAUCUAAAAACUAGUCUUGCCCUGCAAUUCUAUUUUGCCGCCAAUAUUCAAAUUUCAGAGUCUUUACAGCGGAAGGUUAUUUUAAAACAUGACCAACAGCCAUAAUAUGGUUAUCUCUGAAAAAUGCGUGGUUACUCCCAGUUUUCUUUUCGGAUUUCAAUAGCCCCUGAUAUGAUCUACUUGUCUCACAUAAUCAUUAUCUGGGAAAAAAAAUUAAUACUUCCCAUUAGUGGGCACCGUCCUUAAGCAACCUUGUUUGUGGGGUGGGAGAGGGGGGUGGGGGGCGUUGGGGAUGUGCGACUUAAUGAGAGCCCCAUACAUGUGCAGGUAAUUGUGUCCCAAGACGUUUGUCCAUAAUUUGUUUGAGAGCAAGGUUUCUUAUUUCGGGAAAAAAUUGGCGUGGAUGAUUUAUUAAUGGAAAACCUUAAACUUCACGAGCGAAUUUUUAUGGUUUCGCGAUAAGAAGAAAGCCGUGAUUCAUUUCUUUUGCUGGUUUGUUUUAAUGUUCAUGCAAACAACAUUCCUUUCCACUCGGUGAAAUCUUUUCAAUAUUAUUGUCAAUUUAAAAUCUGAGGACCAGUGGUCUGAUCUUAAGUGACUGGUCCGACAGUUGUAGGAAAACCUAGCAGAAGGUGCAACGGUUCACUAAAGAACGGUUCCCAGUAGUGAUGCUUUGGGGAUCAGCGGUAUGUGAUGUAAAGAACAAAAUAUGCUAUUUAGAACUCGUUGGCAAGCUUGCAUAAUUUACGUUUACGUUUAGUUUAUUGUUAUUCUUUCAUUUUUCAAUCUGUAGAUAACAUUCAGUGUAGUCACAAUUCAUAUAAAGCCCUUGUUAAAAAUACUUUUAAAUGGUUCUUUGUUAUUUGAGGAUUUUACAAACUGAGAACAAAUGCCAACUAAGGCACUAGUGGGAAUAGGGCAUAUAACUAAGAGGAUCUAAAUUAUGUCUUGCAGGACUACUGUGAUGGCUUCUGCUCCAACAUUGGCUCCAUCCACGAAGGAGACGACUAAUUACGCAAGAUUAUGUCGCCUUUUAGUAGAUGGAGGCACUAAGGCCUUGAGAUACACUUUUGACAAAUUCCACUCCCCAGCAAACUUGUUUAAUGUUUUGAAAGGUGGUUCUCCAGAACAUUCAACUCUGCAGUCCCUUAAAAAGAAGAGAAUCAUCAAUGCUACACAAUGGGGUAAGCUGUAUCCCUCUCCUCCUUCAUCUGUAACAUCAGAGGACUUUGAUACCACCCUGUUGAUGGUGCUGCUGAGGAACAUCUGUGGUCUGCCUGCUCCUGCCACAGGCUGGGACAGUCUGCCAACUGCUUCAGACACGAAUUUUGAGGCUAACAUAGCCAGAGUGAAGUACUAUAGAAACUCGGUCUAUGGGCAUGCCAGCCAGGCGUCUGUAAACGAUCUAAUAUUUCAUUCAUUGUGGCAGGAUAUAAGUGCCGCACUGGUUGUACUGGGUGUAGAUGUAACUGCUAUCGCACAACUAAAAACUGAGACUAUGGAUCCAGAUACAGAGAAGCAUUACCGAGAGCUGUUAAAGGAAUGGAAGAAAGACGAAGAUAACAUUAAGGACCAACUUGACAGAAUGGAAGGUAUUAACUAAUAAAGGUUUUGAAGCGUUUUCUAUAGUACUUAAUAGGUUUAUUCUUUUCGAGGGUAAAUCUACUUUUCGAGUAGAAUAAGGUAUGGGUGGGGCUGAAAUGAAAAGUUUGGAAUUAGACAAAAUAGACUUUUUUCCUUACAAAAAAAACACUUUUAACAACCACAAACCGACACAUGAAGAACUACAAGCAGAUUCAAUUUAACGUCUUAAGGCCGUAAUUCUGUGACUGAGUGAGUUGCCAUGAUGUGAACUUUACACAAAAAAACAUAAAAGUAGUUGUUUAUUUAAACAAAAUUUGUUUGCAACAACAACAGUAAGCACGAUCGCAGGCGAGUUACUUAUUGAGCAAUUAUUGGAUCUGCUUUCGUAUGAUCUGAAGAAUUAGAUAAAUCCAGGCGGAUAACACUCUCCGAGAUCUGCAUAAUUAUUCAGAGCGUACUCAGCCUCAUUCAAUAAUUGCUAAUUAUCUCAGCUGACAAGUUGGACACUGAUUUUGGAUGUUUACUGAAUUUGUAUAGGUGAUCACAUGAUUUCGAGUGCAAUUUGGAAUAAAUAAGCACGACCACAAAGUGCACUCGCCCUACGGGCUCGUGCACUUUUGUUGGUCUUUGAAAAAUUUACAAUUGCUUAUUCAUUUAUUAAAUUGCACGGGAAAAAUCAUAUGAUUACUUAUUAAUAAUAUACACGAAAAACAUAACUACAACAACAAAUUUUGACUGUGCGCUAGUUUUUAGUGCAUUCAACUGAUUGGCUGAAACAGACUACUACCCUUGUCAAAUUCAAACCUUUUCAAGACCAACGCUUUCAAAAUCAUUCAGCUAAGAACUUGGAAAUGUGUAAGGAUUUUUUAUAUGGUCACCAGCCUGUUAAAGAUAACUUGGUUUACAACAAUCAGCAAAAGUAAGUGUUUUUAAAUUCAUCCUCGAUUAUGAGAGCUCAGCGUUUACAAGAAGCGUUUCCAAGAAGUAUACUGCCGUUUUGAAAUCAGGAGUAUGCUUCGAGCAGCCAAAGAUGAAAGACACUUGCUAAGGUUUUUUAACGACUGUUUAUCAUUGUCUGUUCCUGAGACCCCAUCAUAGCUGGAUUCAUGGACAAAUUUUUGAGAUUUAAAACCCGAAAAUGAAGGAGGCAAUUUGUUUUCUUUCGACGCUGUUAUCGAUGGGUGAGUGGAGCCACAGUUGUUGUGAUGUUGGAAACUGCCAGUAUUAAUAUAAUAUUUGCUUUUUCUCAGCGCUGGAGUUUCAUUAUCUUACUUGGCCUACUGCAAGAGUCGUCGUAGGUCUUCUUCGUCGCCUUCAUCGUAGUUGUUAAGGAAAUUUAUACCUCUCUGGCCAGUGACACUGACGAUAUGUUCUGAAUUUACAAUCUUUGCUUUCUUCAGCUUCCUGACUAUUGUUUUUCUUGCACAAUGAUCAUGAUUCGUAAACAUUUUUCUCACUUUCUUUAAGGCUACUACCAGCGGCGGAUACUUUCAUUAUGUGAGUUGUGGUAUUUUCGCCCAUUGGUUAGGAAUUGGAAUUGGUUUAGAAAAAAAAAACCAGACCAUCGCAUGGAUGUUUUAAUAGAGGUCUUCGCUCCACAAAAGCCUCAAAGAGAGUAACAAAUAACGUACAUCACUUGAAAUCCCUGUUGUUGUCAUGGAAUUGUAUCCUUGUUCAUUUAAAUGCUUGAGGAGUGUAGCUGUCAUGGUUUGCGUGUGGUUGAAACAGUUUUUGUUCUUCAUUUUUUUACUUUAGCGUAGUCUGUUAUAAGUAGCUUGUUUUUUAGUUCCUCUGGCUCAUUUUCCUCGUUUUUGUUGACAGUAUUUUUCUAUUAGCAACGCAUUUUCAAUACAUUUAGCCAGAAAGACGCACUUUUUACCUUGUUCGGGUUUUUGAAAUAUUUUUUUAAUUUUCGAUUGUUGUUUGGCGUACCAAAUUAAAUCCCGUCGUCGUCUGCUGAAAACUAUGGCCAUUUUCUUGAAUUUUUGUUGUUCAAACAGCUCUAAUCUGAUUGGUUCUUGAUGGUUUCUUUUGUGUUUUCAGCCAAUCAGAAAGCAUUUGUAAUUUGCACUCGUGUUACAAGUUUGCGCUCGUGUUACACAUUUUGCACUCGUGUUACACAUUUUGCACUCGUGUUACAGAAGAGCUGCACUCCUUUCUCAGCCAAUCAGAACUGAGUAAUUUUUUUGUGUAUAUCAUUAUUUUAGUUAAACUCACAGAGCAGAUGAAAAGUGAAAUGGGAAACAUGAGCGAGAAGCUGGAGGCCAUGAGAAAUUCCGUUACUGAGGAUGGAGGUCAGUUUCCAAAAACAAGAACUUCGAGCUAAAUUUAUUAAUUCUUUGAGUUAGGCUAACUUUUAAUACUGUUCUUAACAAAACGAAUUUCAAAUUUUGUGACUUUUUAACUUUGCCGUGAGAAACAAACCAUAUCGUUUUCUCUUUAGAUAAAAUCAGAGAACAGAUGAGAAGUGAAAUGGAAAAUAUUAGCGAGAAGAUGACUGAGGAAGGAGGUCAGUUCCGAAUGUUAAUUCCAAACUCCAUAACUUGGACACCCUUUCUUUUGAUUACUAUCUUCCAAUCUACUUUUACUAAUACGAUGACGUGUAUAGAAAACUGCCACUUAGAAGCUUUAAUAAUCUUUUAACUGUCAUGACUUUAAAUAGGCGUCUGGAAAAUCAGGAAACCGGAGUCCCGAAGAGGAACAAUAGGAAAAGGAACCGAAGCGAGAACGGGUAUUGACGCAGAAUAACAAUCGGGAACCGAUAUAAGCCGGACAGAGACGUCAUAUAUUGGAUUAAAUUCUCAUACAACUUUUAACUUAGUUAUGCAAAAAGAAAGAAAAACGGGUUAAAAAGUAAUAUAUUUGUACGUAGAAAUAUUUGUCGCUGGCUUCAAUAAGGGGAUCUUACACGAGGUGAUUUCCAACGACGAAUUUUCGGGUAACAAUGUUGAGACAACUCAAAACAUUUUCGGAACAUUGUUAUAACACUCCAAAUCGAGGUUGCGAAUCAUCCCGUGCAACAUCGCCUUUAGCUUGCGAUCCGCUCCUCCCAUCCCCAAACGUCCCUUGAAAGAGGGGAGGGAUAAUACACUUAUUUUCAGCGUUGGAUCACGUGCAAACGAGACGCCUAGUGGCGCUGGUUUGCCAAGAAAAUUCAGGAUAAUUGGAUAGAUAUAUUGUACGGAAAAUUAAAACCUGAAGUCUACCAGAAGAGACAGCCAAACGCUUUAAGAAGGCAGUACCCCCCCGUCUCAUACCUAAUAAGGGCACCAGCCCAACCUCUGGCCUCAGUCAACUGACUGCACUGAUGGAGGAAAUGAAAACGUGACACGUGUUAAAAGUAUAGAGAGGUUAAUUAGAUUCACUUCGCAGUCAAUACGCUGGCAUCUUGCGGCCCUGAAAAUCUUUAAGAUGUUACACAUCAGCGGAGUUUUCAUCUCCUCCGCACGUUAUAUUAGUCCACAGUGCAAAUGUAGCUAAAAAAGGGAAUCGUCUACCACAGAGUAGUUUAAGAUUCGCUCAAGUUCCCCAUUUGUCUCACCAGUACCUGUUCUCUUACUCGAUUCAAAACUUGUAGUACAUCUAAAAUAACAUCCCUUCUUUCAAAAUCCAACAUGCCAGCGCAGGGGCAGCUUUAUUAAUUUACCUGUGUGGUCGUUUACAAAUUUCUGGAAGAUAGAAAACGAACUGACGACUCGCCUAAAAUCACUUGAAAGAAAACAGCCAUCUUGAGCUGAAAUGGGGGCGCCGUCGUAACUAUCUGAAGGCUAGGAGAGGGCUGGAGGCUAUCGGGGAAGUGGUCUCCCCGCUGUCAUUAAACUGAAAACCAUCUUGGGGAGAGGGGGGAGGGGUGCAGUAGAAAAUAUUUCUAUAACAAGGAAAGAGUGGUGCACAACUUAGAGAAAUUAACAAUAAUGAAUGAGGCUGAGUAUCUUAUGAGACCUCCAUAAUUCUUCAUAUGACACAAAAGCCGAAUUCAAUAUAUUGUUUUAUUAUUCAUUCAAAAUAAUUCCUAGUUUAAAAAGAUGGCUAAAACAUGCUUACCCCCAUCGAUCCAUUGAUGUUAAGUUCAUCUUCGAUAGAGCACGUUUAGGGUUGUUCAGCUCCGCAAAUAUUCUCCAACUAGCAGAUGUCGCCCUUCAAGUCGUCUUCUUGCUGUUCUUGCCAUGUUUUUACUCUUGAAACUAGUAAAACGUCCGCCAUUUUUUGUUUUCACAACCAAAACCACUCAACCUCGUCCCAGGUCUCCUCAGUUAACGGUGCAUUAACCUGCAAGAAAACUGCACUUUUGACGUUAUCGGUUCAUUAAACGCAAAAUUCUUUCAAAUUUGGUCAUCAGUAGCUGGUUAUGGUGAAUUAUGCGUGCAAUCGGAAUCGGGGAAAUAUUUUGCAUGAAUAACAAUUAGUAAAAUCCAACUAGUUGGUCAAAAAUUAAUCUUUUUUUGCCGCCAAAACACCCGCGCUUUUCGCUACUAGGGGGAUAAUAUAUAGAUUUAGCCAGGGCUAAAAGCGAGGCUCCAUUAAUAUAUUUAUAAUUUAAAUCAAACAAUAAACUUGUAUUCCACAAUUCAGUUAACUUUAGAGCACAUAGCACAUUCAUGUGACUUUUAAAGGAAAGCCUUAGUGAUUUUCGUGAAAAAUAAUUUGCAAACAGCCCAAGAGUGAACAAAAUCUUCCAUCAAGUUGAUAGCCUCAUAUCUAAACCCAAAAAAUAGUGGCUCUUGAUCACCGUAAGAUUAAUUAGGCCUGGAAAAAAAUCAGGCCGAAUUUUUUUGCGUUCGACAAGUUUACUUUACAAAAUCUUGCAAAAAAAAUCCAGGCGCGUGUAAACCAACCUUUUAUACCAUUUAUACAUCACAUCUGAGGUGAAACAGUACUAUCAUACAGACCUCGGACCGGGGGGGGGAAGCUACUUCCCAUACAUUCUCUUAAAUGAAAUCCAAACGAUGUUCUCUCAACUUGCAAAGCGAUCAGCAAAGGUCUUGCCAGCGGAUUUGUGUACUGAUCAUGCGCAUUACGUCAAAAUCCAUAGAUCAACGGUCUUGAGAAAAAACAAACACAUGGCGGUCGAAGGCGGGACUGUUUCUCACUAUUAUAUUUCGGUAAUUCGCAAAUUUAUUGAUUUCAUGUCGCUUUUCAGACAUUGUGUGUGGUUUUCUUUUUCUGUUAAACAAUUUCCCUCUGCAGAGUUUGGAAUAUGCAACAUAUAGCUCCGUACAGCUGAUAAGAACCGCCGAAGAGCUAGAGUUGAGCUAUCAAGCAGUGUUUUGCUGCAAACCUUAUAGGAAAGUUUAAGUCGCUUCAAGGUACAGAGUUUUCUGUAGUAGUUGUGAUUUGUUUAUUAGGAUCGUUUUGAAUUUUAACUUUGGAUUCAACUUGUUGACUGAUCGUGAUAAACGAAGUGAAAUGUCAUGAAGUGUGAAUGUUUAUUCAGUUAUGAUUUUAGAGCUGUAAGCUCAUAUUUAUAAAGCUCUCUGCAUAUACUUGCUUUCCGAUAAAUUUAACACUUUCUCCAGUAAUUUUUAUCAGCAUCAAGCUAUCAUUACCCGGCAAAAACGAUGUAACCUAUAAAUCGAUCGAGCGCAUUGUUGUUGGUUGAGAUCUAACACGGUUUCCCCCGCAAUUUCAGUACCGAAAGACAAAUACGAUAUGCAAGAAAAACAAAGAUGCAUGAUGUUACUUUUUUCAAUUUUUAAGCAUUUCUGAUUUCCCCUGCCGGUUCACUUCUUGCUUCUAAAAAUAUUUACUGUGGGAAAAAUACUGCAUUUAUCCGCUGACCACCACGCGUGGUGACCGCUUUGCAAGUUGUGAGAACAUCGUUUCUUGGUCCCAGACCUCGUCUCUUUCCCCCCCUACCUCGGACAGACUGUUCAGGACGAUCGAAGCAUAAACCGUUAAACAAAUUUCCAAAAUCACAUAUACGGCCAGCCGGUUCUCACUUUUGCAGUGCGAGCUGUAGCGAGUGUUUGAACGAACAUACUAGAGUUAAGCUACAACAUAAUAAAGAAAUUAUUAUGUUUAUUCAGUUUUAUUAAAUGGUUUUAUCGAUGUGUAAUCUUUAAAAGCGCCGGUUUGAUAUACGCGCGGCAUUUUGAGUACUCCUGCAAGCGAUGUUCACUGAACGACUAAAAACAAACGGCACGGCGAUUACAAUUACAAGAGAGACUACCAACAAUCAAUAAAAGAAUUAUAAUUCGGUGAAACAUAUACAGAGACAACAUUUUUCAUUCACGAAGACAAGUAUUAAAGUGUCUCUAAAAAUCCUGAGUCUUCAAGCUUAAGGUUAUGUUUUAAGCCGGCUUCCCGGUAUUUACUUUUUACAAAGAUGAACUCGAGGCAAGAAAAUCGCUCAAAGCUUUCUUUUACAGCCAGAAUUAUAACUAAAUAUUCUUUUGAACGUUUUCUUUCUAUUUGCGGUGAGAAAAUGUCUAAAGGCUUUUAAAGUUCUGUAAGUUUAUAUCAAACCUGAUUCUUGGUCAUAACAAAUUGUCUCAAAUCUUACAAACGUGCAUAAACUACAUAGCCGCAUAAACUGCGCUCGACUUCAUUAAAUUAGAUAUAAAAAACAAACAUCAAACACAAUAAUUACUGAGGCUUACCAUUCGAGAUGCAGCUCCUGAAAGGUAUCAAGGAAGGCCAGUAUCGCUUCAGAAAUUUCAACCCUUGCGCAUCAAGCAAGGUGAAAAGCGAAAUCGAUGCUUCCGAAAUCGGAUUUCCGACUUUGACAAGUAAUGUAAUAAUUUCUCAAGCAAAAACCAACUAGCCAUGAAUAACAGAAGACUCCUGAUAGCAGCUGAAUUUCAUUUUGUGCAUCCAGUGAAAAAAGACAGUUAAAAACAUCACAAGUUGACACAAAACUCUGUCAGCUUCAGCUGUCAAAGUAAACAAGAUUCAAGAUGCUGCAUAAAUUUUCCGAAUGAUCUCACCUGUCAAAUUUUGACCAAUCAGAGCAUAAAAAUUGGACGUAGAGCGUGACCAACGCGUGACCAUGGUGAGGAAAGUCAAAAGCAACUGCCUUCCCUGCCUGUAAUAGCUGGCUCAAUUUUCGCGUUCGAGGUCAGUUUUAAAUAAAAAAUUUAAUUGUGCGGCACAAAAACAAAACAUAUUUAAUAUGAAUUAAAAACAAUCAAACUUGAGCCUGCGAUCAUUUGAAAACUAGUAACUUGUCAACGGAUAACUUCAAAAAAUACUGGACCUCGAUGGGCCAAUACCUGAGCCCGCGAUACGGUCAAGUGAUACUGGUCAGCCUGUUUUGUCAGCUAUCAAUUGAUCACAGCAUUGAUGUCCAAUGGAUGUGUGCAUUAUCAGUUUUCCUGUGCUCUCAAAUUAGCUAGAAAGUAUGAGUUGAACAUUGAUUGCGAUCUAGUAAAACAACUGGUCAGCGGACAGCUUCCAAAUAAAUCACGUCACCUUGAUGAGUUGACACAUGAGCCCUCGAUAUGGCAAUGUGAUACUGGUCAGUGGCUAUCCUGUUUUGACAGCUGUCAAUUGACCAUAUUGUAAAUGGCCAAUAUAAAAGAUAUGGGUUUGCCAAGACACACCUGAGACACCCCUCCCUUCAUUUUGAUAGUCUCCCCUACCCUACCCGUACAAUCUGUAGACGCGUACGUACGUACGUACGCUCGGUCGGUCACGUGACAACCAAACGAAAAGAGGUUGACCAUAUUCUAUGAGUAUGGGGCUCUGUCCCACGCGCGCUCCGCGCGCGAGGGAGCCCCGUUGUAACAUAUAGCCUAGUAGUAGCUCAACCAAUCACAACGCAGCAUUGAUAAUAGACCAGUAGUUGGAUUUUACUAGUUGUUCUUAUUAUUCAUUCAAAAUAUUUCCCCGAUUCUGAUUGGCUAAAAGCACACGUUUAAGUCACCAUAACCAGUUACUGAUGACCAAAUUUGGAAGAAUUUUGACUUUAACGAGGAAAUGACGUCAAAAAUGUAGCGUUUUCGCAGGUUAAGGCACCGUUAACCGAGAAGACCUGGGGACGAGGUUGAGUUGUCUGGGUUGUGACCUUGAAAAAAUGGCGGACAUUUCACUCGUUUUAAGAUUAAGAACUAGGCGAAAAAAAAGCUAAAAACAUGGCAAGAACAGCAAGAAGACAACUCGAAGGGCGACAUCUGCUAUUUGAAGAAUAUUUGUGGAGCUGGACAAACUUAAACGUAAACUAUCGAAGAUGAACUGAGCAUCGAUGGAUCGAUGGAGGUAAGCAUGUUUUAGCUAUGUUUUUAAACUAGGAAUUAUUUUGAAUGAAUAAUAAAACAGUUAUUGAAUUCGGCUUUUGUAUCAUAUGAAGAAUUAUGGAGAUCUCGGAGGGUGUUAUCCGCCUCGUCCUACGGCCUCGACGGAUAACACCCUCCUCGAUCUCCAUAAUUCUUCAUAAGAUACUCAGCCUCAUUCAUUAACUGUUAAUUAUUCAUCGGUUAUUUGUCGGCCUCAUGGGCUAUUGACUCAGAGCCCAUUCGGGCUCGAGGAAUAAUUGUUAAUGAUUACUCCUCUUCUACCCCUGUAAGCCUCUUGUGAAACUAAGGAAGGAAAAACAGGGAUUCUACUUUUUUACUUCUAUUUAUAUUAUAUUGUAUUAAUUACUAAUUAAUACAAAUUACUAAUUACUAAUACUUGGCAAAAUUUGCGUGUCAGGGAACGCACCUCCUAUGCCCCCUAAGGUAGCAGUGUCCCUAGGAGGACCCCCUGGAGUGACGGUGUCUUUAGAGGUAACCCUACAUUAGAGUGUAACAUAGGGUGGACCAGAAGAGGGGUGCCCUUGUGGAAGAAGAAUAGGUCAGAUGGUGAGUUGUACCAUCGCGGAGUAAGCAAUCCAGACCUAUUGCCAAGGAGGGCUAUCCUACAUACUGUGGGGUAAAGUGCAGCCCAGGGUGCACUGCCCUGCCACCAAUAAGUAGGUAACAAAGUAGAACGUAAGUAGGGUGAGUACGAUCGUCGGGGUGAACGUAGUCCUGAAUAGGACUGAUGUUGACAGUGACUGACGUUUCGACAACCUGUCAAUGCGGUAGUCAUCCUCAGAGUCAAAAACAGGCAGGACAAACCACAGGCAUCGCAAUUAAUGAAGACAAAGCUUCCAGUUGGGUGGGAGGGCGGGAAAAAUACAAUAUGCAAGUGGAAGUCUUGGUUCUUGUUUGAAGAGUAAAGCUAAAAUGUGGCUAACAAGUUAUAUGAGGGGGUUUACAUAGGGAAAGACAGGUGAGAAUCUGUGAUGCUGUGGAAAAUUACCGGGAACUUUGGCAAAAACUUUAAUAUUGUAAAAAUAAAAGUAACUUUGAGCUAAAGAACAGUUAUUGACUAUUGCACAAGCCUUGAUUGCAAGGGCAGGGAGAGUAGAGGACACUGGGGACAAGUGAGGAAAGAACUGUACUGCGUUAGGGCUCAUUAACACCAGUUUAGAGCCUUAUUAAUCUUAUAACAUACUUUAUGUCUUAUUUCGUAGCAGAAUAUAAUCGUUUACUGCGUCUUUUUUCUUCCUACCUUUAAACCCUACCUCUAUUCCCUUUCCUAUUCCGGUUCCGAUUCCUGUUGCUAUUCCCGUUGCUGUUCUGAAUUCCGGAUGUGUAAUUCUUUCUUUUCCAGACAUCCACUUUGUCCCCAACCGUACCUCUAUUCCCUUUCCUAUUCCGUUUCCGGUACCUGACCUGUUGCUAUAUAUUCUCAUUCCUGUUCUGAAUUUCGGAUUUCUUUUUCCUGGUUUUCCAAAUUUUUCUCAAUGAAAGGCAUGCGAUGAAAGUUUAAUUCUGCUAAGUAUAUUCUCCCUGACAGAUAGAACAAGAAAAGACUUGAAGCAGAUGAAAAGCGACUUUAGUGAGACGCUGAAGACUUUGGUUUCUGCGACCAAAGAGGAAGGUAAGAUUCUCCACACUGUAGCCCCCUGAAAAUUUAAAGUAUCCGUCUUAAAGAACUGUUAGAAGCAGGUAUUGCCGAUCAAUCAGUGAUCGUUUGUCUUCCAAGUGUCUCUGUCGUGCUCUUGGAUCCCUAAACAAGAGCUUCGUAUCCAAGAAGGACCCAAAGUGCUUCAACUUAUCCAUUUGUCGUCAAUUAAAAUUGUAAUUCUCUCAGCGAGAGGGAUGACGAAUGACCUAUCUUGAACUAGAAACAAACGCCCGAGACUAUUUAUAGUCUGCUAUUUUCCCGUAAGAUGUUAGCGUUGGAGCCGCCUAUACCGGCAGCCUGCGUGCUAGGCGCAAGCGGGGGAGAGGGAGAAAAGCGCGUCCCUCCCUUUUUCUCUUCCUCCCUAUCACCUACCCUUUUCGAUGCCUCCUACGCAGGUUACCUACUAGAAUGGUGGACAUAUUGGUUUCUAGCGUACCGAGGUGUCGCCUAACAUUUCAAAAAAAUUUUGGCAAAUGUUUAUUUUUUAAUCAAUGUCCCUUAUGGACCACCCUAGGUACCCGCCGGAGUUGAAAAAAUAGAUGGAGGUUUUUCGAACUAUAUGUGGGUCCUCAAACACCCUAACCUAAAGUUCAUAAGCAGUAGUUCAUUUCCCUUGCUUCUCGCAAAUUUUAGUGGUCUGCUAAAAGGCUGCCGUUAAAUCAAAAAGAGAACCUUUGCCAUCUUCCGUUUCCUUAUUGAAGCCGCCACCCCUCUCCACUAAUUUGGAAUGUUUUACGCUUGCUUUCAAGGCUGUACACAUUGGCUAGGGCAGAUAAUCAAUAAAACCUAAGUUUUGUUUAACAAAUCGCCUUUUCCAAGUAUGGUUAGUUGGUAAGUUCUAUUCAUUUGUUUUACGGACGUGGAAAGUAGCAAACCAAAAUGUUUUAGACAAAUAUCUACAACAAAGCUUGGUUCUCAUUUCUUCUCAACAGUUGGUUUGGUUGCCGAGCAUAUUGAAGUCAUUCGUCAGAAGUACAAACGUCAUGAGGGAUGGCUUGCGCCCUUUCCUUGGUGCGAAGACUUUAACUUUCAACUAAGCGAUAUUUAUACCCGGCUUCGUAUAGUUAGCAGAGAGAAAAAAGCGAGAGCAACAGCGAAGCAAAAAGUUGUUGAAGCGACUGAAAUCUUCAAAUCCCACGAAGAAUGCGACCGACCUAGAAAAGUAUUAAUUGAAGGAAAGCCAGGUAUGGGAAAGACAACCUACUGCAAUAAGGUUGCUUACGACUGGGCUAUAAACGUAAAAAACGAAGGAGAUUGCUUUCCGGAAUUUGAGAUGGUGCUCUUGCUGAAAUGCCUUGAUGUCGAGAUCGGGUCCGACCUUUGGGGAGCCAUUGACGAUCAGCUUUUGCCAGGUGAAAUUCACCGAAAGGAAAGAGAAAAAUUCUUCGAGUUCAUUCGGCAAAAUCAAUCAAAGGUUCUACUGAUACUUGACGGAUUGGACGAGUUACCUUCGAGCAAACUGCCGGAGUUUACCGACAUCAUAAGAGGUAAAAUGCUUCCUCUAUGUAACCUUGUGGUUACAGCGCGACACGAGGCUGGGAUAGCUGUGAGAAAAGUUUGUGACACUCUUCUAGAGAUUGAAGGUUUCACUUAUCAACAUAUCAAAGAAUUUAUUCACAAAUAUUUUAUCGGCAAAGAAGAUUUGGCCGAAAAGCUCAUGGACAAAAUACAUAAUGAGGAAAGGCUCAGAGAGAUGGCGGCAAACCCUUUAAACACUGCACUGCUUUGCCUUCUUUGUGAAGACUUUCAAGGUAUUUUACCAGAAAGCAGAACUCAGUUGUACUUAGAAAUAGCACACUGUGUUCUUAUUAGAUACAGGAAAAAGAAAGGUCUGCCAGUCGGAAAUGAGGAUCUGAUUGAAGUCUACAAAGAUCAAUUGAAACUCCUUGGCUUGAUAGCUUUAAACGGCCUGUAUGAAGACAACAUGUACUUUGAGGACAAAAAGCUUUCAAGUGAAAAUCCCGACUUAGCUGAAUUUGGCUUUCUGUCAGCUCAACCUGGAAGCAGCAAACGAAGGCCGUGUCUUUGCUACGGCUUUACGCAUAAGAGUUUUCAAGAAUUCUUCGCAGGGCAUUACCUUUUUUGCCAGCUUUUGAGCGAAGAAAUCAAUCCCUUUAUAUUAGUCAAUGACCCAAGAUAUUUCCGAGAGCUGAGAGAGGUAUUAAAAUUUACCUGUGGUCUGCUGGCAGUGAGAUCUCAAGAAAGUGCAGUAUCCCUUAUCCUCUGCAUAGCGAAUGAGGUAAACCAAGAAGAGGUGAGAGAAUGUUUACCUCUUGCACUGGAGUGCAUAAAAGAAUGCAAAAUUGAAAACAGUUAUUUUCACAUAGAAUUGGCACGCACCUUUGGCGCAUGUCUGGAAAUUCAAGAGGCUGAUCUUGACGGGAAAGGUAUAGGUGAUGCUGCUGCCGCUGUGCUUGCUAAUGUACUUGAAACAAACACAACUCUGACAAAUUUGGUUUUGGAUGAUAAUAUGUUCGGUCCUGCUGGUGCUGAGUCACUUCAUACGGCGCUUAAAACUAACACAACUCUGACAAAUUUAAAUUUGGCUCACAAUUACCUUGGUCCUGCCGGUGCUGAGUCACUUACUGCAGCGCUAAAAACAAGCACAACUCUGACCAAUUUGGUUUUGGAUGAUAAUGACCUUGGUCUUGCUGGCGCUGAGUCACUUGCUACAGCGCUUAAAACAAACACAAGUCUGACAAAUUUGAAUUUGAGGCGUAAUAACCUUGGUCCUGCCGGUGCUGAGUGCCUUGCUAAAGCGCUUGAGAAAAACACAAUUCUGACAAAUUUGAAUUUGUCGUUCAAUGACCUUGGUCCUGCCGACGCUGAGUCACUUGCUACAGCGCUUAAAACAAACACUAGUCUGACAAAUUUGAAUUUUUCUGUCAAUAACCUUGGUCCUGCCGGUGCUGAGUCACUUGCUACAGCGCUUAAAACGAAUACAAUUCUGACAAAUUUGGAUUUGUCUGGCAACAACCUUGGUCCUGCUGGUGCUGAGUCACUUGCUACAGCGCUUAAAACAAACACAAGUCUGACAAAUUUGAAUUUUUCUGGCAAUAACCUUGGUCCUGCGGGUGCCGAGUCACUUGCUACAGCGCUUAAAACGAACACAAGUCUGACAAAUUUGGAUUUGUCUGGCAACAACGUCGGUCCUGCUGGUGCUGAAUCACUUGCUACAGCGCUUAAAACAAACACAAGUCUGACAAAUUUGAAUUUGAGACGUAAUAACCUUGGUCCUGCUGGUGCUGAGUCCCUUGCUAAAGCGCUUGAAAAAAACACAGUUCUGACAAAUUUGAAUUUGUGGUUCAAUAACCUUGGUCCUGCUGGUGCUGAGGCCCUUGCUAAAGCUCUUGAAACAAACACCACUUUGGAAAACUUAUAUUUGUUACAAGGUGACAUU